GGAUGCAUCUAUCGAUUGUUGGAUGCAUAAUCGCUAAGACAGAAGAGUGAUGGCUUAUAAAUUGUAACUAAACUGGUGUAAACUAUUGAUCGCUAUACCCAUCUUUUAGAAAAUAUUUAAAAUUAAAGAAGGUAAAUAUGGGAUGUGAUGGUGGAACUAUACCGCGCCGAGAUGAGCUUGUACGCACUGCAAAAAAACCGGAGCAGAAAGAUAAAGAUGCUGAACGCGAAUUUCGUUGGUUACAUUGUGCUCUUACUCAAGAAUAUUUGCGAGAGCCCAUUGCAAUGUGCGGUUUUGGGCGCUUGUAUUCUAAACAAAGCAUCAUUGAGCAAUUGUUAGAAAAAGAAAAGAAGCCUGAAUCUAUCAAACAUAUUCGUACCUUAAAAGAUAUCAAAACACUUAAGCUCACCCCGAACCCGGCAUACACAACUGAAGAUAAAACAGAAGGUUUAUUAGAUACUCGUCAUGCUCCUUACGUAUGCAAGUUAAUAGGCCUUGAAAUGUCAGGAAAAUUUAGAUUUGUAGCUUUAUGGUCUUGUGGAUGUGUAAUAUCGGAGCGUGCUCUUAAGCAAAUUAAACGAAAUGAUAGUGGGGGUAGUGCAUGCCCUCUCUGUUUAGAACCUUUCAGUGUUGAAGAUGUGGUUGUACUAAAUGGGUCCGAAGAAGAUUUAGAAUUAAUGCAAGCAAAAAUGGAAAUACGUAAUAUAAAAAGAAAAUCGAGCAAAAAAGAUAAAAAGUCUCGAAAUAUUUCGGAUGAUUCAAAUGUUGGUAAAUUAUCAAUUGAGAAAACCUUUAGCGAUGAAAAAGGACAGAAAUGUAAAAAAAUUGAAUAUCUUAACGAUAACACUCCUUCUACGAGCAAACCUUCAACAAUUGGGUCAAAAAAACUAAAGCUGUCGGUUGUGGCUGAAAAUGCAUUAGAAGAUCCCGAAUUAAAGCGUUUAAAAAAUGACUAUAGUGUUGCUAAAGAUCCAAAAGCCAGCGAUGUAUAUAAAUCAUUGUUUACUACACAUAAAAGCGAAAAGGAACAAUCACGAGCGCACUGGGUCACAUACAAUCCAUUCUACAAUUAGUGGUUAAAAUCUAGCAAGAAAGAAUGAAAUAAGUUCCGGGCCCGAUUCCGAUGACUUCGGAGGGUAAAACUACGAAUUUCGGAAUAAAUGGCGUAUGUAUUGGUAGGGGAGCUUCUCCAGAGGAGGAAUAUGCAAAAAUAAUGUUAUUAACACUUAUAUUUUUUAAAAUAUUCUCGAUUAAAAAAAAUUGUUUAUUAAUAUCACAUGGUAAUUCUUGAUGUUUCACUAAUUUUUUUUUACAUAUUUCACUUUGUAUAUUUAAAUAUACCCUUUAAACAUUAAAAUAAGUUCACAAUUAUAAGGAAUACGAGCGUUUACGCAUGAAGACAUUUUAAUGACAGCGCUUUGUUUGUAUUUUCGCGUGAUUCUUUUUUCUAAAUUUACUGUAAUAAAAAUUCUGUCCAACGUUUUCAAGUUAUAA